AUGCCUUUAACAGUGGCGGAUAUUGUCUUCAAUGAGCAAGCAAAUCACAACUUCUCAAAGACUCUGGGUGAAAUCAAACGAAGUACUUUAUCCAUACAUAACCGGCUUCGAUCAAUUCUCGAAGACGCGAAAUUCGCCCAGUCGGUCGCAAAUGCAUAUAAUAGACCACUUAUAGCAAAUGAGAGAUGUGGGAGCUGGUACAUUGAUCCCAGCAAGAAAGGAGGAAGUGCAUACUUCAAAAGUACCGAUGGGCAUACCGGAGUCUGGAAAUUCAGCUCCCGAAGAUUGAAUUUACAUCUGUUAGAGACAAUUGGUAAAUAUGAUGGAUGUAUUAUUGUAGAUUCUACUAGGCGUGGAAAGCGUAUGCCUGAUGCAUUGAGCAAAACAAUCCCAAUAUGGUGUUGUGUACUAAACCGGGUUUUCUUUCCUGACAUUCCAACCGCUCAUAAGCUCUACGCUCCACCACAAGUAGUUUCCGAUUCCGAGCAAGCCCAAAUGGCCAAUCUGAUUCCUCAAUUUGUGCAAGCAUUUCAAACUCUCAAUCUCCCUAUUGCAUCUUUCAGAGAGAAAUUUCACAAACCAAUCAGACCCAUUUGGGUGACUCCCGAGUCGCAAAUCUCGGAAACAAGCGAGAUUUUUGAAGACUUCCAUCCAGUUGUUUGCUGUACGGUUUCGCGCAGGGUUUCGGGCGGAGAAAUUAGUGAGGGUGGUUAUAUACAAGGAGCAGGUGACGAUACAGAAAACUGGGCUCACGGACUUACCCCUCCUAUUUUCUGGACAAAUCAAGAAAUCUUAUUCGAGACAUCAGAAGAGGAUUUACCUGGACUCAUUGGAACUUUGAUACAUCAAACAGGCUCAUCGCUCAGAUCGAACGAUAAACUGCGCAUCGUAAAACCAACUUCCUGUCUCUCCAUCUCGACUAUCGAUGCGCUUCCACCCCCAAACACGAAUAGCAGUACCUGCACCAUCGUCCUCUCACCAAAAGUCACACCGAAAGAUACAUGGCACACCUCUCCCUCCCGCCUGGACAUCGGACUCGGCGCCAAAAAAGUCGGCAGCAAGAAUCUCCGCGCCGCUCUCCCAACCAUCUCUUCCUUCUUCCUCGAGUACCUCCACACAUCUUCUGCGAACAAAUCUUCAGACCCAUCUAUCCAAAUCAUCAUCGCAUGCGAGACUGGACACGAUCUCUCAAUCGGUGUCGCACUUGCUCUUCUCUGUCUGUAUUUCGCCGAUAACGGGGAUUUGAAAGUUGUGCGCGGAGAAGAAGAGAGAGAAGAUGCGUCGGUGAAUAAAGAUUUCAUUCGUCAGAGAUUAACCUGGAUUUCUACGUCGAUGCCAGAUGCGAAUCCGAGUCGUGCAACGCUGCAGAGUGUGAAUAGUUUUUUGAUGUCGUAUUGA